AAUGACAAAUCAAAUCAACGCUAUCCCAGAUACAGCCUUCCAUGGACUUACUAGCUUAAAUUGGCUCGAUCUCGGUGAGAACCAAAUCGGGCGUAUCCGAAAGAUUUCCUUCCGGGACCUCGUCAAUACAGCCACUUUGGAUUUGGAUCAGAAUGAAAUAGCAUUCAUUGAAGACGGAACAUUUGCAGGAGUAACACGUUUUAGCCGCUUAAAACUCCAAAAUAACCAGCUCACUUCUCUGCCAAAUGGUGGUGACUUUCAUAACAAAGAGAUGAACAACAUAAACUUCUCAAAUAACAGAAUAACAUCAAUCGCAAACGGAACCUUUGUAAACGUCAGAUGCAUCAGCGGUGGCUGCAGCAGUAGCGGUAGAGGGACCAGAUGGCAAUUCCGAGGAAACGAAAUAGUGUCAAUUGACAGGGGAGCAUUUCGAUCAUUUGAUGGUAGUGCCUGCACUCUAGAAUUUGGAGGGGCAAACCAGAAAUACAACUUGCUGAAAAGUGUUGAUUCUGGAGCGUUUGACGAUGUUCGAGCAUGCUACAUAGACCUUAGCAACUUAGAAUUGAAAAAGAUUGCUUCUGAAUCUUUCAAAGAUGUUCGUGUUAGCUUCGAUUUAGAAAUGAAUAACAACGAGAUACGAACUAUUGAAGAAAAUGCGUUUUUAAGAUUCGACGUCAGACACUUAGAGCUCCGAAACAAUGCUAUCCAGGCAAUCACAGUGAAGAUGUUUGGAGACAGUGGUUCCACAAUAAGAGCAAUUCUAGAUCUCUCUUACAAUGAAAUUCAAACUCUUCAUGAGGAUUCACUGAAAGGAGUCAAAGUCAAUGGGCAAAUACGGCUCAGAAACAACAAGUUAGUUAUGUUUCCAGCAAAGGCUUUAGAAAUGCAAGACCCAAGGGUUCUGGAACUGCGCCAUAACCAGAUUCCAUCCAUUCCCGUUGGUUGGCUAGAUCCAUUUCAAAACCUCCGACAUUUGUUUCUACCGGACAAUCUAAUCACCUUGGUGGAGGCUAACGUCUUUAGUAAGCUAAAAAGCCUCGAGAUAUUAGAACUUCAAGACAAUAAGAUUAGCGUGAUUGAACCAGGAGCAUUCAAUGGCCUAGACAAAGUGAGAAGAUUGUAUUUGUAUGACAACCAGAUUGCAUUUUUGCCGACAUUCUCGACGAUGAAGCAGCUUGAUGAUUUAUCUCUGAAAAAUAACCUUCUAGAGAAUAUCGGGCAGGACUGUUUUUCUAAACUCCCCAAAUUACAAACACUAAAUCUUGCAACAAACCAGUUGGCUUGUGACUGUAAUGUUUAUAACUCAAUUGUUGCAGUUAUAAAUACACUAAUUUCUACAAGAGCUGCUGUUUGCCGAACACCUUCACAAGUAGCAGGAGCGAAAUUCUAUCCAAACGGAUCAUAUGAGAGUUUUUAUCCUCAGCAAUUUCUCUGUAAUCCUGUUAACGUAUCAGCAUCAGCCCCUGGUGAUUACCAACUGAACGUCACGUGGGACAGGCCACAUGAACUUCACACGUUUAUCAACUUUACACAGAACACGACAACACUGAGCACGUGGGAUGCUGUCAAGAUUCAAAGUGUGAAGUAUUCUGUCACGUGCUUAAGUGACGAUGCUCCGACAUUAAUGCGUACUUCGAUGAAAGAAUUUCUCCUCUUCACUCAAGCCGACGGCGUACGGGCCGGGACCGAUUACACUUGUCAUGUGACAAUGACAGUAUCCGCCCACAAUGGCACUCAUUUAGGGGAAGGUCCCUUGGGAUCCUUGUGGACCAGGACGACACCGAAAAGCGAAAAGGUCUCGGUUACUACCGUGGAGGGAAAAGCUCCAGUAACUAACACGACGGCCAACAAGACUAAUUACCUCCUAGAUAUUACAUUUUACGACUUCAGAGCUGCUGAUGGUGAUUUCGUUGGGAUCCCAGGUAAUUACCGGGAGAUGUACAACAAUCCAAGAUAUAUUGCGAGCCCAUAUGGCAGCUGGUUAGCUAUAUCUUCCGAUCCAACCAGAAAUGGUUUCUCCGAUUGGUUUAGAUCCGAGUCAACAAGAAACCAACAUUAUGAGGGAGACCUGGAACUGAAAAAACAGUGGGAGACAGACUCAGAUGGCAAUCCAGUGUUUAGGUAUUUCAACGACAAGUUCUUCCCAGUCGAUGGCCGCGGUUGGGGAGCUGAAGGUCAACGGGACUGCUACACUAAUGCCCUAAGAAACUAUGGAUUCACCGCUGCGAUUCGUUCAACAUUCAACUUUUCGGGGCAGGAAAAUAUGGCUUUUGCAGGUGGUGAGGAAUUGUGGGUCUUUAUCAAUGGCCACCUGGCAUUGCAAAUCUUCCACAAUCCUCUCAAUAGGACUAUUCCGUGCGCGACAAUCAACCUAUCCCCCUCUAAAGAAGGUGAGAGUGAGGUUGUUCCAAAACACGGCGUGAUUGUCGAUGAGAAGUGUCAAGAGUCAGAACAUCUCACAUCACAAGCUUUGAACCUGACAUUAAGAAUGGGUGAGCCUUACCGUUUGGAAGUCUUCGUGGCCGAGCGAUUCAAAUGUGACUCCAAUCUGUUUUUUCAAACCAGUGGAGUUAAGUUCAUUCGAAAGUGGGAAGAGACUCUUCCUGUUGAUUACAUGUCUGACAUCAGUGAGAAUCUGCAUGUUGGUGCUUUGGUUCAGGAGUUUGAGGUGUCAGAUGCCUUUUCUGUUGGACCGUACGAGGUGGAAAUCUUGUCUGGAAAUGAACAACGCAGAUUCGAUGUCAAAGAGGGAACGUUCACCCCUUCGUCACCUCCAGCUACAGCAGAACCUCCAUCCUUUGUAUUGGACAAUGAGACAAUCUACUUAUGUCCAAAUGCAACUGCUAAUGUCACUGUUCGACCCAUCACUAGUGCUUCCCCAGAAAUCAAGACUUUUACUAUAAACAGUCCGACUGCUCAGUUGAUCCUUAACUCCCGGUUGGACUACGAGCAUACAAAGAGUUACUUAUUGACCCUGAGAAUAACAGAUACAGGAAAAGUAGCACGCCCCUCUGGAAAUAUCACGAUCCGGGUUUUCGUUUUGGACUACAACGAUCACUGCCCGGUGUUGCCAAAUGUCAAUUACGACCUCAAGCCUAUUCCUCCUCUUCAAAAGGACGCAUUCUUUGUCGCCAUGGCACAGGAUGGAGACAGUGGAACCAACGGAAAGAUUACAUAUAAGAGAAGUCAUAUCCUGGAAGCAAUACCUCUAAUCGAGGCCACGCGGUUCGCAGUCAAGAAUGGUUCUGAAUUUAUUUGGAGUAACAAAACUAUCGAAUGGACUUACAAAUAUUUCAUAUUUGCCGUGGACGGAGGAAAUCCAAAACGAGGAGACAGAAUACCGCUGACCAUAACGUUCAAUGCUACGUGCCAAGAAACUGGAGGGAUUUUUGUAAAUGCAACGAGUGGCGAAGUGUUCUUCAGGGCACCGGGCAUGACGGGAUCAGAGUAUCCGAGAAAUUCAACCACGAAACCGAAGUGCCGCCGCUGUAGAACUGGGUACUACUGUGUUGGGGACGGAACCGAGGAAAAGUGUGGAGUGAGGUCACCAACGGAGUUUUCCUUUGGGGGGGCAACAAAUUGUAGCUCAUGUUGGGAAGGCUGGUUAUGCCACAACGGUACUGCGUUACCGUGCCCACCAAACACGUAUGUCAAAUGCAACGAAACGUCGUGUCCAGAAAAUUGUUACCCCUGUGAUCCUGGCACCGUUUGUAAAGCAGGAAGGCAGUACGAGUGUCGACCCGGGACAUACAGUGAUGGAACAGGAUUUCCUUGUAAGCUAUGCCCUCCAGGAAGUUACAACAACAAAACGCGGGCAGAAACUUGUUACUGCUGCCCUCCUGGGUACAGUAGCACCUACAUGAAGACAUCCUGUCGAGCAUGCCCCGCUAAUGAGUACGCUGAUCAGGGAGACUUUCCAAAAUGCACACUAUGCAGGACCUGCUUCACAAAAGAUUCGUGUCCAUGUUUAGGAGACCCUUGUUUCCCGUCAGUAGACUGUCAUAACGUUGGAAACGGGUCAUUCGUGUGCGAAUCCUGCCCAAAUGGGUUUGAAGGAAACGGAAAGACUUGCACUGAUAUCAACGAGUGUGUCCUGGCAAACCCAUGUUACGAGCCUGAUGAAUGUGUGAACCUUUCUCCGGGGUACCGCUGCGGAGGAUGUCCGAACGGUUACCGCGGCAAUGCUCCAUCAGGAGUAGGACUUGAGCAUGCGCAGAAGUACAAACAGAAGUGUGAAGAAAUCGACGAGUGCAGCGAAGGAAUUGACACAUGUGAUCCGAACGCAAAUUGUAUCAAUACACUGGGAAGUUUCAAAUGCAGUCCAUGUAAACCUGGAUUCAUUGGGGAUGGUUAUCUAGGCUGUUAUCCCGGUGACCUGUGCACUAGCUCGCAACAUACCUGUCAAGCGAAUGCACAAUGUUCAUCAACUGGAGCAGGAAGAUACAAGUGUACGUGUAAAGAGGGUUUCGCAGGUGAGGGAGAAGAGUGUGAGGUCGAUCCCGAUCUUGAUAACAUUCCUUUCAAAGCACUGAGUUGUACCUUACCCAACUGCAGAAAGGAUAACUGUCCAAGUGUACCGAACACAGGCCAGGAGGACAAUGAUGGUGACACCGACGGUGAUGCUUGUGAUGAAGAUGACGAUAACGAUUUGGUUCCUGACAAAAAGGAUAACUGUAUCUUUGUAGAUAAUCUUGACCAAACAGACACAGAUAAAGAUGGUGUGGGGGACAAAUGUGAUAACUGUGUGGCUAUUCGUAACCCAGACCAGACAGACACAGACGGGGACGGCGAUGGAGACGUAUGUGAUGACGAUCAAGAUGGGGACGGAAUAUUGGAUAUAAACGACAAAUGUCCCAGGUUAAACGCUACUGGCGACCAACUUGAAGAUGAUGGUGAUAAUGUGGGUAACCUUUGUGACAACUGUCCAAAAGACAUCAAUGCCUUGCACAAUGGAGACCAGCCGGACAAUGACGAAAACGGGUACGGAGAUGUAUGCGAUGGACCUGGAAAAGACAAGGAUGGCGAUGGAGUCCUUGACGAGUUUGACAACUGCCCCGAUUUACCAAACGGUGAACAAGGAGAUGCCGAGAAUGACAAGAUAGCAAAGAAUAACCACGGUCGCUUGCGAGACGAAACAAAAGCACUCCCUGUGGGUGACGCAUGCGUUGAAGAUUAUGAUGGUGAUGGUGUCCCGGAUGUUGAAGACACUUGUCCCCAUGUAAAACAUAUCAGCAAAACAAGCUUCCUGGAUUAUUUCACCGUUGAUUUGUACCCGGGACUCAGUGACCCCGUCCCGCAGUGGAAGGUGGCAAAAAUGGGCGUCGAUGUUGAGCACCUGACCGACACAAAUCACCCAGGGAUGCUCAUAUGCUCUACACGCUACGGACCCGUUGAUUAUAGUGGAACAGUUUAUGUCAAAGAUCGCGAGCGUUCUGAUUAUUUGGGCGUGGUGUUUGGGUAUCAGUCGAAUCGAAAGUUCUAUGUUGUGAUGUGGAGAAGAGAAAACAUCAACUUCGGCCAAGGUGAUAUCCACGCUGGUAUAAAGGGACUGCAACUGAAGCUUGUAGAUUCAAACACUGGACCAGGUUCAAACUUAGCGCAAGCAUUGUGGCACUCAGGAGAUACUCAAAAUCAGGUAACUCUGUUAUGGGAUGAUCCACUUAUGAAAGGGUGGCAGCAUCAGACUCCUUACAGCUUCCUUAUCACUCACAGACCAUCCAUUGGUCUGAUAAGAGUUCAAAUAAAGCAAGGAGACAAGAUUUUAACUGAUUCUGGAAACAUCUACAACACAGUCCUGACCGGUGGGAGACUGGGAAUGUUUGUCUUUGGUCAACAUGACGUCAUCUGGUCAAGACUUGAAGCUCGUUGUUCAGACAGAGUAAACCAAGCCUUAAUGUUUGACGGUGUCGACGACCACGUGACUCUACCAUCCAUUCAUACUCUUGGUUUAACAGAUAGCUUCACGAUCAGUGCGUGGGUAAACAUGGCUGCGGACUACCCCAUGACUGUCAUGCCUAUUGUUUGCAGUGAUGAAGGAAUGCUUUGCCUAUACCUUAGCGACAGACGCAUUCAUGGAAACCUAGGAAAAUCUACCGUGGAAGGAAGUGAAGUUAUAGAACCAGUAGAAUGGCAUCAUCUAGUGUUUCGAUUUGAUGCGCAAAGACAUGAAAUUGAAGUGUUUGUUAAUGGAUCAUCAGUUGGUAAAAAGACUGAUACUACUCCUUACAUCUGGUCUCCCGAUAUUAAGCUUUCUAUUGGACGCGAUCAGAAACACUUCUUAAAUGGAACAAUUGACGAUUUAACCCUUUGGGGAGUGCGAGUUCCUUCUGAUGAGAUCAUCGAGUACAUGAAGCUAGCAGGAUUGACCUGGCCUAUUCACAAGGGACUGGUACGGGCGCACUUCAAUAUGGAGCAUAGUUCCGGUUCGAUUAUCUUAGAUCAGGGAGGCAGUGGUUUCCAUGGUAACCUUGUUGGGAAGCCUUUGUUUGUCCCGAGUACAGUGGACAAAAACCGAUUUGUAAUUUCAUUCCCCAAGAAUCGGCGAAGAAGAAACAUUGGGAGUCCAUUUAUCAGUACUUGGGCGAGGAGACACAUGGAACUUUAAUUUCUCUAUGUUCGUUAAAUAAGGCGAGCAGCAACGAGAUAUGCAGACCAAACUAUGCCCAGACAUUUUUGAGUUCUUGACUGGAAAAUUUAAAGGGCCAACUCCUGUGCUGACGAUAUUUGUAUUCAGGAAAAAUAAGAGUUAAGAACGCUUCUUUUUAGUUUAUUAAUGGAAAACAGUCCCUGAUCGAGCAAGACGAAAACAAAAUGUGAAACUUUUGUAAAGGAGUGUUGUUUCAAAUAUAUUUUAAAGACUAUCUA